AUGGUUAAUUUGAUGUUAGAGAACAUGGAUGGUUUAAUCCAACUAAGUUUGGGAAGCAACAGAUUUAAUGGGACUGUUUCAGAGAGCUUGAGUGGGUUAUCAAAACUGAGACUUUUGGAUGUCACAGCAAAUUCAUUCAUUGGUACUUUAACUGAACACCAUUUUGCUAAUUUAACAAACUUGCUUUACAUGGAUCUCUCUUGUAAUUCAUUGCAGCUGAAUGUGACUAAGGAUUGGGUGCCGUCCUUUCAUGCUGAUACUAUCCUGAUGUGCUCUUACACAAUAAGCCCUGAUUUUCUUGCUUGGCUCAAAACUCAAACACUCCUUGCAUGUCUUUAUCCAUCAAAUGCAAGAAUUUUUGGUAAUGUCCCGACAUGGUUUUGGAAUUUACUAUCCAAUUCUUUGGCCCUUCUCAAUUUAUCACAUAAUAAUUUAACUGGAAUUCUACCUACUUUCCGGAAUUCUGUCUUGGAGGUUAUUGAUCUGUGUGGACCCCACUCCCUGAUUAGAUCCCACUGUUAG